GAUAUCAACAAGCAGAGAACUCUGGAAGACUUCUGAAGACUUCUGAAACUGACACUGAAACUGGUGCUCUCUUACUGACUAACAUUUUUCAAAAAGCAAGGAGGGAUUCAACACCUGACCAGAUGUACCAGAGGUCAGGGCAAUGCACAGGAAUGGAGGGUUAACGUUUGACUGAAGAGGAAUAAGCAGAACUGAACAACAUAUUGAAGACUGAGAUUUGUUAGUGCACUUUUUUCUGGUAAUCGAAGAGAACCACAUUUCGGUGUGAACCAUGAACAUUCUACCUAACCCCAUGAUCAGGUCUCACCAGGACGAGCCUCUUCCUCUCUGCUCCCCAGACCCCUACCUCCAGGAUUUGUCCUCCUGGUGUCCCCCAGGGCUAGGUGCUGAUCAUGGGAACAGGCUGGGGGCCAUGGGGGCACUAAUUGGGUGUGAGAGACCAGGAAAACCCCCAAUGGAGCUUAGGAGGAAGAUCAACAGCCGGGAGAGGAAGAGGAUGCAGGACCUGAACAUCGCCAUGGACGCUCUGAGGGAGGUGAUGGCGCCUUACGUUUCCUCCUCUCCUUCCUCCUCGUCCUCCUCCCAGGGGCCACACUGCAACCAGCAGCAGCUAGGACCCCAACCCGGACGCAGACUCUCCAAGAUCUCUACCUUAGUCCUCGCCCGUAACUAUAUUCUCCUCCUUGGCUUGUCUCUGCAGGAGAUGCGUCGGCUCCUUGGGGAGGUCAGUGUUGGGGUGGGGGUUAACGCAAGGCCCGUCCCUAGGCUGCUCCUGGCCGGGGGGUGGCCCCUCUUCACCGGCCCCAGUCAGCUACUCCUUUCCUCCGAGUCUCUCAUGACCUCUGCCUCCUCCUCCAAGUGUCCUCUCCUGACCUCUGCCUCCUCCUCUAAGUGUCCUCUUCUGCCCUCUGGCCACUUGGAGGGCCCCGUGGUCCCGGUGCAGUGGGGCUCAGCUGGGGUUCCUGGAGGGCCACUUUGCCCCUGUGUGGUGUGCAAAUUACCCAGUUUCAGCCACCGUAGCCCUGGACCCAGGUUCAGCCACCCUAGCCCUGGACCCAGGUUCAGCCACCCUAGCCCUGGACCCAGGUUCAGCCACCCUAGCCCUGGACCCAGGUUCAGCCACCCUAGCCCUGGACCCAGGUUCCCAAAGUGAAGCCUGGCUGGGACCCAGAUCAGAUGUGUUCUGGUUUGGUAUGAGGUUGUCUUCUGCUCUGCUCUUCUCUACUCCAUCCUACAAUUAUGAAUUUUUCUGAGUGGACAGACUUCUGGUUAUGGACACAUAAGAGUUGACUUUUGUUACUUUUGAAUGAAUUUAGUCUUUCUCAUGUCUUUGACUAAUUCAGAUUUUCACAAUGUUGAAUUUGUUGUAAUGGAUGCUUGUCCAUUGUGUUUCUUGGACUGUGGUAAGUGAAACUUAAUAUAUUUUAUAUUUUAUAAAUCAAUUCUAUUUUAUAAGAUAAGAGAUGUUCUAACACAGCAAAA